GUUGACAUUGUAGCACUACAUGGCCUCAAUGGCCACUGGGAAACAACUUGGCAGUCCACUACCUCCAGCGUGAAAGGUAGACCUGUCAUGUGGCUUCGCGAUUUCCUACCGGAACAAGUGCCGCGGGCCCGAAUCAUGUCUUUUGGGUACGACUCCGCCCUGUUCUUCGGCAAGUCUGUAUCGGAUGUGGACACCUUUGCAGAGCAGCUACUGGAAGCUCUGCUGCCAUUACGGCUUGAUGAAGUUGCUCGACGCCCAAUCAUCUUCAUAUGCCACAGCCUUGGGGGUAUUGUGGUUAAAAAGAGUCUCCUUCACUCGGUUCGAGGUAUCGUGUUCUUCGGGACUCCCCACCGAGGAUCGUCUCUCGCGGUCUGGAGCACUGUUCUCGGCAAUAUUGCAAGCGUAGCAACCUUUGGCAGCAAAACCAACAGGAAACUAUCUCAAGACCUAAAGAUGGACUCCGUGUCACUUCAAAGCAUUUCCAAAUCCUUUGUCGAUAGGGCCAAGAAUUUGCAAAUCAUUAGUUUCUACGAGACCGACAAGAUGGAUUACCUAAACUGCCGAGUAGUCGAAGAAGACUCUGCUGUCCUUGGUUUCCCAGACGAAGUCAGUAUCGGCAUCAAAGGGAACCACCGUUCGAUGUGCAGAUUUGACUCC